AUGGCUCAACCGGAAAGCAUAGAACUGCGACCGGCCAACAAGGGCGUUUCCAACGUUGAGGUCUCCAUCAAGCCCGAAGAUGGAGGAUCCGAAGUGUAUAACCAGACGCGGACUAGGAGAGUGUUCUCCUUUUCUCAGUUGUUUGCGUUCUCCCUGACAUACAUGGCACUUUGGGAGGGUAUGUGCACAAACAUGUACUUUGCCCUUUACAAUGGUGGUCCUCAAACUUUCGUUUUCAGCUUCAUAAUUGUUUUCUGCGGUGCCAUUGCCCAGGCUGCGUCUUUGGGUGAGAUGGCAUCGAUCCAGCCCGUCGCUGGCGCACAGUAUCAUUGGACCUACCAUCUGGCGCCUGCACGGGUUAGAAGGUUCGCCACAUACGUUCAGGGCUGGUCAACGUGGUUCGGCUAUAUCUCGCUUCUUGCAGGCAUCGCAAACGUCACCAUCAUCUUGUUAGAGUCCAUGAUUCAGCUCAACAACGAGAGUUAUGUCCCGGGUGGCUGGCAUACUUCCGUUCUGGUGAUCGCCAUGUCCGUACUCCAGGGCCUGAUGAACACGUAUGCGUUCUGGCUGAUCCCCUGGGUCGAAUUGAUUGCCGGUGUCCUCCAUGUGUGUCUCUUUGUGAUCUUCGUCGUCGUUUUGUGUGCUAUGGGCACUAGGCACGACUCUAGCUUCUGGCUGAAGUCUAACGUCGCCUCUGGCUGGAGCGAUACAUUCAUCGCAUGGAAUUUGGGCAUGCUUACCUGCGUGUGGAGCUUUACUGGUUUUGAUAGUGCCAUCCACAUGAGCGAGGAGACACGGAAAGCCAAGUCUGCUGUGCCUCGUGCCAUGUUUUGGUCCAUCUUCAUGAAUGGCUGCCUCGGAUUUGUCAUGGUCAACGUCAUUCUUGUUUCCAUGGGCUCGGUUGACGACGCACUUAACUCGGCGAGUCCGAUUCUGACCAUCCUUCUUAGUGUGACGGGUUCCAAGGCUGCCACAACAGCCAUGGUAACCGGGCUCUUCGUCAUCUCUUUCAGCGUUAACCUCGCCAAUAUCGCGUCUGUCUCUCGUCUAACCUGGGCAUGGGCAAGAGAUGGUGGCAUGCCGUCUUACUUCGCCUACGUCAGCACCAAACACCGCGUGCCCACUCGCUCCAUCGUUUUCACGGUCUUUCUUGUCUGCGCCCUCUGUCUCCUGAACAUCGGAAGCUCAAGUUACAUUGCUUUCGGGGCCAUCACCUCUCUAUCAUCAAUGGCGCUCUAUAUCAGCUACGCCAUUGCUAUCAGUAGCAUUUUAUAUGUCCGCUUCAAGGCCGACGCUCUCAAGCUGGGCGAGUGGAACCUCGGGCGCUACGGGGGAUACGUCAACUCUUUCGCGCUCCUUUACACCCUCUAUAUGCUAGUGUUUCUCCCCUUCCCGUCCACUCUGCCGGUCACUGCUGCCAACAUGAACUACUGCGGCCCGGUCAUGGUGGUCGUGCUUGCUCUUACCCUCGCCCUUUGGUUCAUUUGGGCUAGAAAGAAUUGGAGUGGACCCAAUCUCACUAUUCUUGACUUUGUCAUUGCUAACUCAUAA